GCCGUCGACACCGGGGAGAGGAAGGAAGGCGGAGGCGGCAUCAGCUGCGUGCUGCAGGACGGCGAGGUCUUCGAGAAGGCGGGAGUGAACGUGUCCGUCGUCUCCGGGCUCCUGUCCGAGGAGGCAGCGCGGCAGAUGCGGAGCAGGGGCAAGUCCCUGAAGGCCAAGGACGGGAAGCUGCCUUUUUGUGCCAUGGGUGUCAGCUCUGUUAUCCAUCCAAAGAACCCUCAUGUUCCGACCAUGCACUUCAACUACAGAUAUUUCGAAAUUGAAGAAGCCGACGGAACUAAACAGUGGUGGUUCGGUGGUGGGACUGACCUCACUCCAACUUACCUGAAUGAAGAGGACGCCGUUCAUUUUCACAAGACUCUGAAAGAAGCCUGUGACAAGCAUGAUCUGAAGCUUUAUCCCAAGUACAAGAAGUGGUGUGAUGAUUACUUCUAUAUCAAGCACCGUGGUGAGCGAAGAGGGAUUGGAGGCAUAUUCUUUGACGACGUGGACUCUCCCUCCAAGGAGGAAGUAUUCCAGUUUGUGAAGAGUUGCGCCAAAGCUGUUGUGCCUUGUUACAUUCCCAUUGUGAAAAGGCACUGCUGUGACUCCUUCACACCAGAGGAAAAGCUCUGGCAGCAGCUUCGGAGAGGACGGUACGUGGAGUUCAACUUGGUUUAUGACAGAGGUACAAAGUUUGGCCUCCUGACACCAGGAUCAAGAAUUGAAAGCAUUCUUAUGUCUCUGCCACUGACUGCAAGGUGGGAGUACAUGCACACGCCUCCAGAGAGCUCGAAAGAAGCAGAAAUCUUGGAGGUUCUGCGCAAUCCCAAAGACUGGGUGCACUGACACGGAUCGUGAACAAGAUGGAUUGCUUGCACUGAGCCAUUAUGAAAGAACAGGAACGCCUGCAAACCACCUCAUUCAACUGCUGUGGCAUGGCGUUUCAGUAUAGCUAUUUAUACGUGUACCUGGUGCCUUAAUAAUGCUGUAGACUUGUUGUAACUUGCAAAUACGUGAACUCAUUCUUUAAGCUCGAUCAGCUAAUGUUAUCAUCCCCUGUUGAUGUUGCCUGGUGAAGGACUGGUGAUACCCUCACAGGACUACUGUGCAUGCUUAAGAACUUCCUCAAAUGAUUUGUUUGACUGCAAAAUGGUAGACUACUGUGAAGUGUUCUCCCAGUGGAAUGAAAGCAUUACCUGUGCCUAAAUAGCACUGCUUACUCCUAGAAAAUGUUGGGAUGUUUUAGAAAUAUUUUUUUAAAGAAUAAAGGGAAUUUUUGAUAUGAUUU